GGGAGAGUAGCCAAUCCGUUUCCACCAGACUCGCAUUACCUACCAUCUCUGUUGUCGUGACUCUCUCUCUUCACCUCAACCCCAUGUUUGAGAAAGAAAACGCAACGGCCACAUACCUUGUUGUUUUCCACCCUAUAUAAGAAAAUCCCCUUGGCAAGGAAAGGCAAGGGAGGCAUCCCUCCACAACCUCUUUCUUCCUCUCUCUUUCCUGGUAGGAAAUCCCUGAAGCUGAAACCAGAUCCUUUUUUGGAUUUCUAUAGAUUUUGAUCCAGUAAGAUUGAAAAUUCGAUCUUCGAUCAAUUUCUAAUACUCUAUAGCUAGAAACCCAAAAUAAAAAAAUAAAAUUAAAAAAAAAAUGACCAUGGCGUCGGGAUUUGGGAAGCUUUCAGGGAACCGGGAAACUGAUAUGAAGAAAGGGUUGGCUGUAAUCGGUGUUGUAUCUCUACUCCUUGUGAUCAUGGUCGUGGCAAUCGUUUACAGUGUUGAUGCCAACUCUCAUGAGAUGCCAAGGAGCGAGAGACCCAGGACUAAGGGUAACAACAGCACGGAUGAGAUUAACAACUCCAUGAAAGCCAUCACGGCGAUCUGCCAGCCCACUGAUUAUAAAGAAGCUUGUAUUGGCAGUCUCCAGUCUGUUGCUAGCGAGAACACUACCGACCCGAAAGAACUCAUCAAGCUCGCAUUCAACAUCACGCACGAUUAUAUGAAGAAGGCUUUGGAGCAAUCAAGGGUCUUGAAAGAAGCCGAGAAGGACCCGCGAACAUCCCAGGCUCUGGAGAAUUGUGGGGAGCUCAUGGACUAUUCCCUUGAUGACCUUGAGAACUCUCUCAAGAAGUUUGGGGAAUUUGAUCUUAGCAGGCUUGAUGAUUUGAUCCAUGAUAUUAAGGUCUGGUUAAGUGGCUCAAUUACUUACCAGGAGACAUGUUUGGAUGGCUUUGAUGGUGCAAAAGGUGAUGCAGCAAAGAAGAUGAAGGAAGUCAUCAAAGGUUCUUCAGAGCUCACCAGCAAUGUCCUCGCCAUCAUGGAUGGAAUCUAUUCAGUCCUUCAGUCGUUGGAACUCCCUUUCUUCCAUCGACGGCUCCUUCAUAAUAUGGAUAUGGAGGAUGAUUACCCAUCAUGGGUUUCUGGCGCGCGCCGCAGACUCCUCCAUACAGGUUCGGCUGGUAUUGUUGCUGAUGCUGUUGUUGCUCAGGACGGAAGCGGACAGUUCACCUCCAUCAAAGAUGCGAUCGCAACCAUCCCCCAUAAGAGCAACAAGACGUUUGUGAUCUACAUCAAGGAGGGAGUUUAUAAGGAAUCGGUGACGAUUGAUAAAAGCAUGUGGAAUGUGAUGAUGAUUGGCGAUGGCCCCACAAAGACGAAGAUCACUGGCAACAAGAACUUCAAAGAUGGGAUCACCACCUUCAAGACUGCCACCGUCGCGGCCGUUGGAGAGGGAUUCAUCGCUAAGAACAUCGGAUUUGAGAACACCGCCGGUCCUGAGAAACAUCAAGCCGUAGCAUUAAGAGUACAAUCCGACCGGGCCAUCUUCUACAACUGCCAAAUGGACGGUUACCAAGACACUCUCUAUGCCCACACCCACCGUCAAUUUUACCGCGACUGCACCAUCUCAGGCACCAUCGAUUUCAUCUUCGGCGAUGCCGCAGUUAUAUUCCAGAACUGCAAGAUUGUUGUAAGGAAGCCCAUGGACAACCAACAAAACAUCGUGACAGCCCAAGGCAGGAAGGACAGGCGCGAGCCGACGGCAAUCAUCAUUCAGAACUGCACCAUCACUGCAGAACCUACAUACCAUCCUCUAAGAAACAAGCUCCCCACAUUCCUUGGCCGCCCAUGGAAAGAAUAUUCCCGAACAUUCUUCUUCCAAUCUCAAAUCGAUGAUCUGAUCCAGCCAGCUGGGUGGUUGCCAUGGAAUGGAGAUUUCGCGCUCAACACGUGCUUCUAUUCAGAAUUCGACAACCGAGGGCCAGGAUCAUCCACGAAGGAACGGGUGAAGUGGAAGUGCAUCAAGACAAUGACUUCCGAGCGGGCUAAUAAGUUCACCGUCGCACAGUUUCUCCGAGGAAACUCAUGGAUCAACGCCGCUGGAGUGCCCUUCACCCCGGGCUUGUUACCCUGAUGCAGAUCUCCAUUAGAAAGAGCUUUGUUGUACUAAGAUAUACGGCCAAGCUACAUUAAGUCCGUGU